AUGGCAGAGCAACUCAAGAUAAAAAAUGUUGUACUCAAUGAGGAUGCCAAGUUGAAAGAUGUACCAAGCGGAGUGGAAGCCGCAACCUUAUGUGAUCAAAGCGCUGCCCCUGAGUACACCAAAAACAGCAUCAACUGCAAAAAAAUGACGUGGAUCUUGGAAGACACCCCGAGAAUCGAACUCGAUUUUGGGGAGGACCACAAGAAGUUCAAGUUCCAGGUGGCAUCCUCCGACUUUGACUUGUUCAGAACUGCAAAGGACUUCAAAUUCGAGAGAACCGAGACGGACACCAUUUUCACCAUCAAGAAGACCGAGAGAAAUCCAUCGAGCAGAAUGAGCAUUUUGGAGGAGUACACCAGGAAGUACUUGAAUCUUCUUCAAGUCGAGAAGUUCGAAGUUCGUUUCAACGAACUUCUCAAAUACGACUUUUUUGAGUGCUUCAUCUGGAAAAUCACCAGGAAGUUCUCUUCAAUCUACUACAGCUCCCAUCAUGACGUCACUUUCACUCCAGGACAGCUCCGUUUUCUAUUGGAAGAUCUCACUGCUGAGAAUUUCAGGCUUCCAAGAAUCAAGUACACUGACGUCAUUAAAGCUGGAGAGAAGAAUGUGGAGCCUAUCAAACAUGAGAACAUGAAUAUCCAUGCCGAGUUUCUCCCAUUCGACUAUUUCCUGAAGAUGGAGUCGAAAAUUGCCUUGAUUCACACUGACAAUACAAAAAUGUCAAACCUCAAUGGAUUCAUAAAAACUUGGAUCAAAGGACAACAACUCAAAAACUUGCAGUCGUUUAGCAUGCGUUUCUGGAAGCUUAAAGAAAAUUUGACCGUCGAUGAAGUCUUCCAAGGAAUUGUCCCCAUCGAGCCAGUCUCAGAAUUGAAUGUCACUGAUUUGAUGAACCCGGAAAGACACGCUGCAAAGAACAGUGAAAUCGUCGUUUCACGCAUUACGGAUGGGAUGACUGCUACCGCCACUCUUCGCAAAAACAUGUUCACCUUCGUUGUGAACAGUGAAGAUGAUAAUGCUUUCGAGUAA